AUGGCCGAAGAUGAUGCUGAGAAGGCCUUUUUCCAGGCUCAGGCAAUGAAUGCGGACUCUGUGGACUAUAAGGCUGUUGAGGAGCAGGGGGCAGAUAGUUCAGAUUCAGAUGAUUAUGAUCCUUCAAAGACACUGCAAGAUCAAUAUUCCGCUCCUUUGACAGAUUCCAAGCAAAGUGAAAAUGUUCCUUCCAAUGAUCCUUCAGAUUCCAAUCCUCCCAACCAGACUUCUCUUCCCCCAGAAACGGACCCUAGUCAGCAGACUGGCGGCGCCGCCUACCCCUCUCAGACACCUUCGCAAGUUGAGUCUCGGGCUUCAACUGCCACGCCUGCAUCCGGUGCUCCUGUGCAGCCAAAGGCCAGAACAAUUGGCGGGUUUGUGGUUGAUGAGGAUGAUGAGGAUGAGGAUGAGGAUGACAAGGGUGAUGAUGCAGAUUAUGAACCACCGGCUGUACUUGGCGUUGAGGACAUGAAUACUACUUCUGUGGAUGUGCCUCCCCAGCCUGUUUCUGGAAAUGAAAAUCAAGCUACUUCUACCCCUGAUGUAUCAUUGCCUGAAGCUGCGCAGAACACUGCUAGCUCGCAAAUCGUUUCCAAUAGCUCUCAUUCUCCUUCUGCUAAUGUUGCUGCUGCCUCUAAUAAUUAUGCAUCUACUGCUCCUGGCCAAAAUCUGUACACUCCACAGGCAUUACAAUCUGAAAGUGCGCAGGAAAGCAUUGCACCGACUCCUGCCCCUGAUUCACCAUCGACGGCGAGAGGGCGAUUGCCGCAUGAUCGUGUUGGUAUUCUGGAAGACAGAAUCCAAGAGGAUCCUCGCGGUGACAUUCCUGCCUGGCUCGAACUCAUUAGCGAACACAGAAGUCGCAAUAGGGUCGACUGUGUGCGCGAUGUCUAUGAGCGAUUCUUGAAGGUUUUCCCUCUUUCCGCCGAAUUAUGGGUCGCGUAUGCCACUAUGGAAUCGGAGCUUAGCGAACUAUUCCGACUAGAGCAGAUCUUCAACAGAACUCUUUUGACCAUUCCCGAUGUCCAACUUUGGUCGGUCUACCUGGACUAUGUUCGACGACGUAACCCAUUAACAACAGACACCACUGGACAAUCAAGGCGGAUUAUCUCGUCGGCAUAUGAUCUGGCAUUUCAUUAUGUCGGCAUGGACAAGGACUCGGGAUCUAUCUGGGCUGAUUAUGUCGAAUUCAUUCGCUCUGGACCAGGCAAUGUCGGAGGUUCUGGGUGGCAAGACCAGCAGAAGAUGGACCUACUCAGAAAAGCGUAUCAGAAAGCCAUCUGCGUUCCAACCCAAGUUGUGAAUACGCUCUGGAAAGAAUACGACCAGUUUGAGAUGGGCUUGAACAAACUCACCGGCCGAAAAUUCCUUCAGGAGCAGUCGCCAGCUUAUAUGACUGCUCGAAGUUCGUUCACAGAGCUGCAGAAUAUUACACGAGAUCUCAUUCGUACUACACUGCCUAGAUUACCUCCUGUGCCAGGCUCCGAGGGUGAUGUUGAGUUCACCCAGCAGGUUGAAAUCUGGAAGCGUUGGGUCAAGUGGGAGAAAGGAGACCCAUUGGUUUUGAAAGAAGAUGAUCCUGCUGCUUUCAAAACUCGCGUGGUGUAUGCCUACAAGCAAGCUCUCAUGGCCCUUCGGUUCUUGCCGGAGAUAUGGUUCGAAGCCGCCGAAUUUUGCUUCCUGAACGAUAUGGAAACUGAAGGAAACGAAUUUUUGAAGCAAGGCAUAGAAGCCAACCCUGAAAGCUGCUUGCUUGCUUUCAAACGUGCUGAUCGAUUGGAAAUUACUUCUGAGUCCGAGCAAGAUCAGAUCAAGCGAGGUACGAAGGUCAGAGAGCCUUAUGACAAGCUCCUGGAUGCGCUCUACGAUCUUAUUGCAAAGGCCCGCCUCCGUGAAUCCCAGGAUGUUGCACGCAUGGAGGAAACGUUUGCGAAAAUGAAUCCCGACAAACAACAGACCAAACCCGAUGAUGACGAUGAUGACCAGGGCGGUUCUAAGGCAAAGGAAUCGGUUAAGAAUGCCCAAAUUGAAGCGGUACGAAAUGCGCAUGCUAUUCAAAUCGGAAUUCUUUCCAAAACGAUAUCGUUUGCAUGGAUUGCUCUCAUGCGCGCAAUGCGCCGUGUCCAGGGCAAGGGUAAACCAGGAGAAAUGCCAGGCUCCAGGCAGAUUUUCGCGGAUGCUCGCAAGAGAGGUCGCAUCACAAGCGAUGUUUACAUCGCUAGUGCUCUAAUCGAAUAUCAUUGUUACAAAGAUCCCGCCGCAACGAAAAUCUUUGAGCGGGGUGCAAAACUAUUCCCAGAAGAUGAGAACUUCGCCCUCGAGUACUUGAAGCACUUGAUUGAUAUUAAUGAUGUUAUAAACGCACGAGCAGUAUUCGAGAUGACAGUCAGAAAAUUAGCAUCCAAUCCUGACAAUGUUCACAAAACGAAACCCAUAUUCGCCUUCCUUCACGAAUACGAGUCGCGCUAUGGCGACCUCAUCCAGGUCAUCAACCUUGAGAAUCGGAUGCGUGAAUUAUUCCCUGAGGACCCUACACUGGAACAAUUUGCUCACCGAUAUUCCACCCCGUCCUUCGACCCUGCUGCCGUCCGGCCAAUUAUUUCCCCCUCUCAGACCAGACCAAAGGCGGUCUUCCCAACAGAGCAAACGGUGUCUCGCCAUGCCACCCCUACUCCGAGGUAUCCAGAUGCCUCUUCGACGAACUCGCCGAAGAGGCCACUGGAAGACUUUGAUGAUGACAUGAGCCGGCCACGCAAGUUUAUUCGAGCAGAGUCACCGCUCAAGGUCCCUCAAGGCCGACGGCUAGAUCAGCAGAAGCGUCCCCAGCAAAUCAACGGCGGUGGACCGACCGGAUCUCAGUUCAGACCCCAGGGCUCAGCUGCUCCACUUCCCCGUGACAUUGUCCAUCUCUUGAGCGUCAUCCCCUCGGCAUCUGCCUAUAAUGCUGGCAGAUUCUCCCCGGAAAAAUUAGUCGAUCUCAUUCGCCGGCUUGACAUGCCCGGGUCUAUUUCGCAGAUACCGUUACCGCGUGGACUAGGGGGGCAAACUCCCAUGGGGAUGCAGUCAUUUACUGGUAAGUCCAUAGUUAAAUCACCUCUGUUCAAUAUUUGUCUUAGUUUCUAA